AUGACCGAGCGUGAUGUCUUCCAGAGCAAUAAACUUGAAAAGCCGGAGGUGAGCGAUAACGUCAAGGUAGUGGUGCGAUGUCGUCCGCUGAACCAAAAAGAGAAGGCGAUGUGCCACAAACAGGCCGUGGCCGUGGACGAGAAUCGUGGCACCAUCACGGUCAACAAGCUGGAGACCCAACAGGAGCCGCCCAAAACAUUCACCUUUGACACAGUGUUUGGACCGGAAAGCAAACAGCUGGAUGUCUACAACCUCACAGCCCGGCCCAUUGUUGACUCUGUGCUGGCUGGAUACAAUGGCACAAUCUUUGCCUAUGGACAAACUGGGACUGGGAAGACCUUCACAAUGGAAGGCGUACGAGCAGUGCCAGAGCUACGAGGGAUUAUCCCAAACUCUUUUGCCCAUAUUUUUGGUCACAUUGCCAAAGCAGAAGGGGACACUAGGUUUUUGGUUCAUGUAUCAUACCUAGAGAUUUAUAAUGAAGAAGUACGUGACUUAUUGGCCAAGGAUCAGACACAAAGAUUGGAGGUCAAAGAAAGACCCGAUGUUGGCGUAUAUAUCAAAGAUCUUUCUGGCUAUGUGGCAAACAAUGCUGAUGACAUGGACAGGAUCAUGACUUUGGGCAACAAAAACCGUUCUGUGGGUGCCACAAAUAUGAAUGAGCACAGCUCCAGAUCCCACGCCAUCUUCACCAUCACCAUCGAGUGUAGUGAGAAGGGUGUGGAUGGAAACCAGCAUGUGCGAAUGGGAAAACUUCAUCUGGUUGAUCUUGCAGGUUCAGAAAGACAGGGUAAAACAGGGGCCACAGGCCAGCGCCUCAAGGAAGCAACAAAGAUUAAUCUGUCACUCUCUACGCUGGGUAACGUCAUCUCGGCUCUGGUGGAUGGCAAGAGCACCCAUGUGCCCUACAGGAACUCUAAACUAACCCGCCUAUUACAGGAUUCACUCGGCGGGAACUCUAAGACUUUGAUGUGUGCAAAUAUAGGCCCCGCAGACUAUAACUAUGAUGAGACCAUCAGUACCCUACGCUAUGCUAACAGGGCCAAAAACAUUAAGAACAAAGCCAGAAUCAAUGAGGACCCCAAGGAAGCUCUUCUGCGCAAGUUUCAGAAGGAGAUUGAGGAUCUGAAGAAGAAACUUGAAGAAGGUGAGGAAAUCUCUGGUUCAGAGGGCAGCGGGUCUGACGAGCUAGAUGAAGCAGAUGAAGAAGGAGGGGACGCUGGACAAGUACGCAGGCGACGAAGAGGGAAAAAAAAGGUUUCACCAGAAAAAAUGGUGGAGAUGCAGGCCAAGAUUGAAGAGGAGCGAAAGGCUUUGGAGACAAAGCUGGACAUGGAGGAAGAGGAGAGGAACAAGGCAAAAGCUGAACUGGAGAAGAGGGAGAAAGAUCUUUUGAAAGCACAGCAGGAGCAUCACCUUCUGCGUGAGAAAUUGUCAGCCUUGGAGAAGAAGGUGAUUGUAGGGGGUGUUGACCUUCUGGCGAAGGCUGAGGAGCAGGAGAAGCUUCUGGAGGAAUCGAACAGUGAGUUGGAAGAACGCCGCCAGAGGGCUGAGCACCUUCGCAAGGAGCUGGAGGUUAAAGAGCAAGAGCGUCUGGACAUUGAGGAGAAGUACACAAGUCUUCAGGAGGAGGCCCAAGGGAAGACCAAGAAACUGAAAAAAGUGUGGACCAUGCUGAUAGCUGCCAAAUCUGAGCUGGCAGAUUUGCAACAAGAGCAUCACCGAGAGAUUGAGGGCCUCCUCGAGAACAUUCGUCAACUGAGCCGGGAAUUGCGUCUCCAAAUGCUGAUCAUCGACAACUUUAUUCCUCCAGAAUACCAGGAGAUGAUUGAAAACUAUGUACACUGGAAUGAAGACAUUGGCGAGUGGCAACUGAAAUGCGUGGCCUUCACUGGCAACAAUAUGCGAAAGCAGACACCUGCUCCAGGCAAAAAAGAAAAAGAUCCGUUUGAGGUGGACCUGUCAUAUGUGUAUUUGGCCUACACUGAGGAGAGCAUGCAACAGUCACUGAUGAAACUAGAGAGGCCCAAAACCUCUAAAAGUAGCAAGAGCGGUCGGCCCAAGACUGGUCGCAGGAAAAGAUCAGCAAAAGCAGAGCUGGCCGUCGAGUCCCCUCUGCAGUGA